GGAAGGGCUGCAGCUCACAGCAACAGAGUUUAGACUGUCUUUGCUUCAUCAUCUGAAGGUAAAAUUUUCCAGCCACCGCCGGCGGCUCGCAGAGUACAAUACACAGGGACGGACGGAGGAGAACUAUUUGCAUGGACCUCGCUUCCUCAUGAUGCGGUGGAGAAGCCGCGGCCACCCGGUCCUGCCAGAUGCUCUUGGGGUUACUGUACAUGGGGAGGACGAGCAGAGCUAAACAAGAAUUUAAAAAGGACGAAGGAAAGGAAGACGCCAUCCUCCUCAAACACGAAGAUCGGAGAGGCAGGUGUGUUUUGCAGCAUCCUGCAGAGCCGUGAGCAUCGGAACCAAUAUUUUCCCAAAGAGUGCCAUCCUACUGAAGUCACUUUAUUAAGGAGAGGUGUGUCUACAAAACAGUCAAGAGACUAGAGCCCUGGGAGCCAGAGAUGACAGUGAGCAGGGUGUGUUUCUGGCUCACAGUCUUCCCGUGGGGCCUGCCUAUCUGUGAAUGACCACCUGCUGAUACGCUGUCCCCUCCCUCUCUCCUGGACUGGACUUCUUUAAGGAAUCCAUUGCUGACCUUCAGACUUCCAUGCGGGAGUUUUCACAACAGUAGUUUGGGGAAUCACCGAGCCUCGGAUUGGUCCCAUCAUUUGAACAGAGAGGGACAGAGCCCAGAGUAGUUCUCGCCAUGGCCUUGAACGUUGCUCCAGUGAGAGACACCAAGUGGCUGACACUGGAAGUCUGCAGGCAGUACCAGAGAGGAACAUGCUCGCGCUCCGAUGAAGAGUGCAAAUUCGCUCACCCCCCAAAAAGCUGCCAGGUUGAAAACGGAAGAGUGAUCGCCUGUUUUGACUCCCUCAAGGUGAUGUUUAUAUUAAGAACCUGCGUUUGGUCUCGAUUAUCAAUCCUAGAAAAGGGCCGCUGUUCAAGAGAGAACUGCAAGUACCUUCAUCCUCCGACACACUUAAAAACCCAACUAGAAAUCAAUGGGAGGAACAAUUUGAUCCAGCAAAAAACUGCAGCAGCGAUGCUUGCCCAGCAGAUGCAAUUUAUGUUUCCAGGAACACCGCUCCAUCCCGUGCCCACCUUUCCUGUAGGUCCCACCAUAGGGACAAACACAGCUAUUAGCUUUGCUCCUUACUUAGCGCCCGUCACCCCCGGAGUUGGGUUAGUCCCCACAGAGAUUCUACCGACCACACCUGUCAUUGUCCCCGGAAGUCCACCAGUCACUGUCCCGGGCUCCACUGCGACUCAGAAACUUCUCAGGACUGAUAAACUGGAGGUAUGCAGGGAGUUCCAGCGAGGAAACUGUGCCCGGGGAGAGACAGACUGCCGCUUUGCACACCCGGCAGACAGCACCAUGAUCGACACUAACGACAACACCGUAACCGUUUGUAUGGAUUACAUAAAGGGGCGUUGCAUGAGGGAGAAAUGCAAAUAUUUUCACCCUCCUGCACACUUGCAGGCCAAAAUCAAAGCUGCGCAGCACCAAGCCAACCAGGCCGCGGUGGCCGCCCAGGCAGCCGCGGCCGCGGCCACAGUCAUGACUCAGUCGACUGCCAAAGCACUGAAGCGACCUCUCGAAGCAACUGUAGACCUGGGUUUCCCCCCUGGUGCUCUUCACCCUUUACCAAAGAGGCAAGCCCUUGAAAAGAGCAACGGCGGCGCCAGCACAGCCUUCAGCCCCAGUGUCUUUCACUACCAGCAGGCCCUCACCAGUGCGCAGCUGCAGCAGCAACACGCGGCCUUCAUCCCCACAGGGUCAGUUUUGUGCAUGACACCCGCUACCAGUAUUGUACCCAUGAUGCACAGCGCUACGUCCGCCACUGUCUCUGCAGCAACAACUCCUGCAACAAGUGUCCCCUUCGCAGCAACAGCCACAGCCAAUCAGAUAAUUCUGAAAUAAUCAACAGAAAUGGAAUGGAAUGCCAAGAAUCUGCAUUGAGAAUAACUAAACAUUGUUACUGUACAUACUAUCCUGUUUCCUCCUCGAUAGAAUUGCCACAAACUGCAUGCUAAACUUAGUUCUUCUGGAGAGACCACAACCCUAAGGCUAGUUCCACUAUGUCAUAUAUGAGUAUUAAAUAUGGUAUGCUUAGUAUAUUCCAGCCUAAGAUAGUUAACUACCUGAGACCAGCUGCGAUGUUCAAAGGCAUAAAGGAUGAGGUUUUCUUUUCCAGGGUUCUAAGCAUAGUUUCUGUCCUAGGAAUAUUGUCUUAUCUCCGUAACUAUAGCCGAUGCAGAAAGUACAGCCAAUAUACUCAUUUCGACUCAGAAAAAGUUUCAAAUUUAGCAAUAACCAGUUAGCAUUAGUUUAAGUACUUAUUCCAAGGGCAGGUUCGAUUCUAGCUCCAAUCACCGUCAUUUCAUUUCCUGACUGGAUCAAAGGGUAUGAUUCACUUCUUGACGAGACGAACAUUGCAGCGAGGACCAGAAGUGAAGUAAAAAAAAAAAACAGACACCUGCCUCGCAGGUCUAAAAUUGGAAUGGCAGUUCAAGCACAAUUUCUGGGGACACAUCAGAGUGUGGGAUUCGGUUUGCCUGGAGAUGCCGCACUGAAUCAUGGGAUUCUAGGAUUAACAUUGCAUAGAUUGAAAAAAAAAAAAACUUUGCACGGUAUGAGCUUCAUACCCACCCAACAAAGUCUUGAAGGUAUUAUUUUACAAGUAUAUUUUUAAAGUUGUUUUAUAAGAGAGACUUUGUAGAAGUGCCUAGAUUUUUGCCAGACUUCAUCCAGCUUGACAAGAAUGAAAGGCUCAUGCCAAUAGAUGAAUCUAAGGGAUUGGUCUUUCAAACCCGCCCUCCGGUCGCCUGUCCCCCAAUAGCUCUUCUAUACUAAAACCUAGUCCAACAGGGAAGCUGUAGGUGGGGAGGUCUGUAUAAUAUUCCAGUUUAAGUAUGUCUGAGUUUAGUCACCACAGAUGCAAACUGUGACUUUAAUCUAAAUUACGAUGUAAACAAAACCCAAGUAGAUAGUUUUCACUUUUUAAAAUAUCCAUCACUGUUUUGCAUUUCAAAAGUUGGAUUAAGGGGUUGUAACUAACUACAGCAUGGAAAAAAUAGUUCUUUUAAUUCUUUCACCUUAAAGCAUAUUUUAUGUCUCAAAAGUAUAAAAAAACUUUAAUACAAGUACAUACAUAUUAUAUAUACACAUACAUAUAUAUACUAUAUAUGGAUGAAACAUAUUUUAAUGUUGUUUACUUUUUUAAAUACUUGGUUGAUCUUCAAAGUAAUAGCAAAACAAUUAAAUUUUGUUCAGAAAGUUUGUUUUAAAGUUUAUUUUAAGCACUAUCGUACCAAAUAUUUCAUAUUUCACAUUUUAUAUGUUGCACAUAGCCUACACAGUACCUUCAUAGUUUUUAAAUUAUUGUUUAAGAAAUGAAACAGCUGUUAUAAAUGGAUAUUAUGUGUAAUUGUUUAAAACAUCCAUUUUUCUUUGUGGACAUUUUAGUGGUUGAAGUAUUUUGACUUUUGAGAUUGAAUGUAAAAUAUUUUAAAUUUUGGUAUCAUCGCCUGUUCUGAAAACUAGAGGCAUCAGCCAUAUCAAUUUUUUUGACUGAGAAAAAAAAUCUGCAUUUAAUUCAUGUUGGUCAAAGUCUAAUUACUAUCUAUCUUACAUCAUAGAUCUGAUAACUGUAUCAAAAGAAAAAUCACAUUCUGAGUAUAAUCUUGCGUAGUGCUUGUAUCGUGUUUGUUUUAAUUUGUGGAGAGGUAUUAUAUCUAACUUGUAUCACUUUGGUAGUUUUCAUCUUUGUGUAUUAUUGCUAUUUGUAAUUUUCUCAGUUAUAACGAUGUAGUUACGCUACAACUUGCCUAAAAACACUCAUACUUUUUUUUUCUUUGCUUAUUCAUUUAAACUCAUUGAGAAGAUAGUAGACAUUACUGAAAGGUAAAUUAUGGGAAUUACUGAAAUAUUUUUGUAGACUAAUUGUUGUAACUGUCUUUUUUUUUCUUUCAUUUCAUGACUUUUAUUUUAAAAAUUAUUAGCACAUAGCUAUUUUAAGCCCUUUAAUAAUGGAGCAUCGAAAACAUCACCUGUAUCCCCCAGCAAAUAUAGAUGACUGUAUUUUUUACUAUGAUAUCCAUUUUCCAGAAUUGUGAUUAUAAUAUGCAGAGAGUCAAAUAUGCCAUUUACAAUAAGGAGGAGGCAAGGCAAAUGCAUAGAUGUACAAAUAUAUGUACAACAGAUUUUGCUUUUUAUUUAUUUAUAAUGUAAUUUUAUAGAAUAAUUCUGGGAUUUGAGAGGAUCUAAAACUAUUUUUCUGUAUAAAUAUUAUUUGCCAAAAGUUUGUUUAUAUUCAGAAGUCUGACUAUGAUGAAUAAAUCUUAAAUGCUUUGUUUAAUUACAAAAAAAACAAAAAAAAUCACCAAUAUCCAAGACAGGAAGAUGUCAGUCCGACAGCUACAGCAGUUAGGAAACUAACUCCACUUGUACGGAACUCCAUUUCACUCUUGGUUUCCAGGGUGUAACAGCGCUUCACAGACACAUUCUUUCAGCCGCACACCACCGGUCACAUUUCUACUAAAUCUUUCCGUAACACUUCCUAAAGAAUCCCCUCAUUCGUUAUCUUACAGUGUGAACGGGAGUCUAAUUUGUAUCAAUUCUAUGUUUUGGUUGUAAUAUUCAGUUCACUCACCCAAAUGUACAACCAGUGAAAUAAAAGAAGCAUUUAAAAGGA